AUAUCAAAUAGAAAUAAUAUUACUUCCCCCCCAUCCUCAAGACCGCCGGUGGUUGGUGCAUGCGCGGUGUGGAGAAGAAGUUGGUGCCAUUUUGUGUGUUUGUGGGUGACCGAGCGCUGUGGACAUGAUUCCUCUCACUGGGAAGCUUCUGUCCCUCUCCGGUCGGAGCAUUCGCCAAAUUGCAGCAAGACAAGCUCAUCACAAAACUGGUCCUGACUUCCAUGACAAAUAUGGAAAUGUUAUCCUGGCAGGAGGAUUAGUAUUCUGUGUUUCAGUAUGGAGUUAUGUCUGUACGCAGACGGGGAUCACAUGGAACCUUUCACCAGUUGGCAAGAUCACUCCUCAAGAAUGGAGAACAGAUUAGACAGAAGGACCAAGUGUUUGCAAUGAAGAGUACAGAAAGGCUGAAUUUGCCUCCAGCCUCACGGCUUGUACUGUACUUAUUUGCCUCUGUGUAUUAAGUUUCAUAGUAAAUCAAUAAAUUAUAAAAAAACAA